CAGGCAGUGUCUGUCAAUUCUGUCAAACUAAAACGAGUUGAUUGAGUUCGCCAGUGUUGGAAUGGAAGGUUGUCAUAGUUGUUUUGAUACGAAUUAUGCAAUAAAACUGCGAUAGUCGUGUGUGAUCAUUAUUGCGACACACAGCAAACGAUGUCUCACGACACGGAUCUUGUAAUAUCAGUGCCGCGUUCCCGUAUCAAUGAAUUUUAUUGCAAAUAUUAUAAUUUAGUUGAAACAUUUUACUGUGUCACACUGUCUGAGAGUAAAUUGUGUUCCGCGAAUGAAAAACCUGAUUAUGUGUAUUUCGACGUCACAUUCAACUUGAAUCCAGCAGAUGGAAGUUUUAAUCCGAAAGAAUUGACUGGAAGAAUACAGAAAUAUGUGGAGUCAUCAGUGGGGUGCGCAGGAGAGCGCGGCGAGGAUUCCAGUUAUGACUCAGAGUGUGAGGACGAGAGUGCCCACCGAGCGGCCUCUCGGACUCCCUCUGACACACUCGCCGCCGAGUUCGCAGAGUAUGUCACUCUCACACCCCCACAACCCAACCAGGCAAAGAUCGAGUUUGCUAUGAAGUUGGGUUACUCGGAGCGAUUGGCGCGAACAGCGAUACAGCGGUUGGGCCCCGACCCCCCUUGCAACGAAUUGCUAGCGGAGCUGAUAAAGCUGGCCGCCAAGCAGCCCCCGCGCGCCCUGUCGCCCACCCCGCCCGCGGAACCCGAUCCCCCGCCCGACCGCGCGCCACUCAGGCACAUUGUCAUAGACGGCAGCAAUGUCGCUAUGAGCCAUGGCAACAAAGAGGUGUUCUCGUGUCGCGGUAUUGAAAUCUGUGUGGAGUGGUUCCGUGCGCGCGGCCAUCGGGAGAUCACAGCAUUUGUGCCCAAAUGGCGAAAAGAGUCAGCUCGUCCCAACAACCCCAUCGUGGACAGAGACGCGCUCGAGAGAUUGGAGCGGGACAGAGUGCUAGUGUACACUCCCAGCAGACUGCUGGGCGGCAAGCGCCUGGUGUGCUACGACGACCGCUAUAUCCUACGCCUUGCGGCCGAGACUGACGGCAUCGUAGUCUCCAACGACAACUAUCGCGACCUCGCUGUUGAGAAUCCAGACUUUCGGAAAGUAGUCGAAGAGCGCCUACUCAUGUAUUCUUUCGUGAAUGACCGAUUCAUGCCCCCGGAUGACCCGCUCGGUCGCUCGGGACCGACGCUGGAUGCGUUCUUACGCGCGCCCGUAUCCCGCGCGGAGCCCCCGCCUGCCUGCCCGUAUGGCCGCAAGUGUACGUACGGCAACAAGUGCAAGUUCCACCACCCGGAGCGCGCGGGCCGGCCGCAGAAGUCCGUGGCGGAGAAACUGUCGGAGCGCGCUGCCAAGACCCUGCGGUCGCGCGACCUGCACACCGUGAGCCUGCCGCCCGGCGGCCGCCCCGCCGACACCAAGCGCCAGCUCGCGCGCGCGCAGUCCGCCGCCCCGCGCCUGCACGACGCCACACUGGCCACGCACUUCGACCGCGCGCAGCUACAAGUGGCGGGCCCCGCGCAGCUUCAAGUACCGGGUCCUACGCAGCUACAAGUACCGGGCCCCGCACAACUACAGAUGGCAGGUCCCUCUCAGCCGCCCCCCGAAGUUAACCCACACCGUAAAUUGGCUCGCCAGCUAACGCUGAACCCUGCAUGCGACCCACGCCUGCAGCCUCACGCGCUGGCGGCGCGGGUGGCGAGCGCGCCGGGCGGGGCAGGGGGCGGCGCGGGGGGCGCGGCGGCGGCGCUGGCCCCGCUGAUGUCUCCGUGCGCGUCAGACGGCGCCCUGCAACACUGGGACGCGCGGCGCCGCAUGCACUACCACCUGGCGGGGAUCUUCCCCGAGGCGCAGGUGGCGGAGGCCAUGGCGGCCUACCCCGAGGAGACGGACGCGCAGACCAUGUGCGCCAUCAUCCUGGCCAGGUACCGGCCGAGCGAGGCGCGCGUGCCUCACUGAGCCGUCCCCGCUAUACUUACUGCCGGUUUUUGAUAAAAGCCGCUCAGUAGAUAUUACCGAUAGCUUGGAAGCUGAUCGCUCGCCGGCCACGGAGGCUCCUGCUGGUAGCGAUCGACAGGAGUUUAUACAACAUCGAGCCGAGGCCUUCGCACGUUGCCAGUGGACUGAGCCAUACGAUCGCAUCUUUGAUGAUAAAUAGGCAUUUAUAUCUUGUACAUAUUCUAUGGUUUCUGACAUUCGCUUCUAAGAAGCGCAUGCUGAUAUUUAAUAAACAUUAAAUAGUUUCUAGAGAUGUACAAAUACAUAUGUAUUUUCACCUGUACAGUUAUUUGACUCAUUGCUUGUCUAUUCUGACACAUUUUGCUUUGUUUUUCAUUUUUAGGAAUAUUUUCGCAAAUUAUUUUUGCAUUAAUGCAAGACAUAUAAAAAUUAUUUUGUAAUAUUAAGACAAUUAUUGAUAUUAAAUAGCUAAAUAUGUGAUCAUAUAUAAAUCAUUAUUGGUACCAUGUAUCAAUUAUUAUUUUUAUACUAAUAUAUAAUUAAUUAAAUGUUAUGAUAUUGAGCACUACUAAAUUUUGAAAAAUUAUAAUUUUACAAAGAAAUGCACUUAAUUUUGUUGAGUGUUCUAUAUAUUAUAUGCAGCACGGUUAUGGCUCAUUUAUUGACUAUUGAGUAUGCAGAAACUGUUCAUAUUAUUAUUUACUCUUUUGAUUUAUUAAGUAUGUUUAGAUGUAAGCAAUGGCCUGCUGUGUCGGACCAGUGUGGCCGUCAUGGUAGGUGUAACAUUGAACCAAUCUGUUGUUUGAUUUUUAUUAAAUUGAACUGUUAAAAACUUAAUGCAAUGCAUAAAUUGAAAAUGUAAGAUACAUAUAUCUACUCCCGUGCAAUACUUCAUAGAGUGAUUGUUGUUAUAUUUGUAUAGAUACACUUUAUGAAGUAUGGCAUGUUAUUAUUAGUGUAAUUAGUUUAUCAAGUUUUACCUCAAUUUUGGAAAUAGUACAUUUAUCUUUUGGCAUUUUUUAUUGCUUGUUGCAGCAUUAAUAUUUUGACAGACAGAAUUAGAUUUAUUAUUGACAGGUUUCCAAAUGAAAGGUAAAACUUGAUAGUUUGUAAUUAGAAGUGUUGAGGGAUAGCUUACAUUUAUUUGCUAACCUUAUGAAGACAUCCCAAACAUUUCUGAUUACAGUUCACAUUCCUUGUGGAAUGUAUAACAUAUGUCUAUUGUGACAUUAUAGUUAUUAAUAUUUUGAAAAUAAAGCAUCUCUCUCAUUAGAAACUCGUUUAUUUCUUUUUAACCCUAUUAGGAUUGUUUGUCAUUCUUUUCAAUAACAUCUUCUUGUAAGUCUCACUGUCUGUUUGUUUAUCUGAGAAUUCUAUGAAGUUUUGUCCUAUGAAUUUUUUAUUCGUUUUUGAUGUGUUAUCUGUGGUAGUUGGUACAAAUACUCUAGUACUCUUACUAGUCCUAUAUAAAAGCUUGAAGGGUGUUACUUCUGUAACUUUAUUAACUUCAUUAUUAUUAGAAAUUUGGUCAAUAUCCAUUUUUUCUUCUAUAAUAUCAUCCUGUUUGAUGUUCUUAAUACAUUUUGUAGCUGGAUGAUUUUUAGCUAUUUCAGCUAUUUCUUUUUUUACAUCCAAAAGACAAUCAUGUUUUAUUCCUAAGCAGCUAGUUGGAACUCCAAAAUUAACCAUGGAUAUUUGUCUCAGGUUGUUCAAACAAAUAUAUGGGACACCUUUUGCAGUACACAUUUCAACAACAGGCUGUACUAUAAGUCUUGGGUUUAUUUUAGCUUCAAUGAUAAUGGCUGAACAUUCUACAUUAUGUACAGAUUCAGUGCAUUCUCUUACACCAAGGAGAAGGCCCUCUGGCUUUCUGGAAUUAAAAACAUGG